UUCGACAUAUAGCAGCCGAGCCGCUCCGCUUCUGCUCCGCUCUGACUCUCGGUUUCGUUUCGAAAGACUUUUCCACUCGUGGACGCUGAACAAAUUGAUCAGCACUUACUCCGCAUUAAUGGAAUCUAGCAACGACACAGGGAUAUUUGUGUAGCGAUUUAAAAAAAAUAAAAAAACGGCUGCUGGGCAAAGUUACCUAGCUAGCUAGCAAAGCUAAGUUAGCUAGCUGGCUAGCUCUCUCUCUCUCUCUCUCUCUCUCUCGGUGUUCUAGAAGCUCGUGCGCGUGCGUUAGGUUUAGCGAUAACGUUAAGGUCGGUACGCGAACACCCUUGGCGUAUUAUCAGUAUUUCUUUUAAUUCUGGGGCCGUUUGAUGGAUCCUAGAAUCGCCUGGUUUCAGCCAGAACAGCGUGGACCCGCUAACAGCCUGUGGAUGCAGAUUUGGGAGACGACGCAGGGCCUCGGGAAUUUGUACUUUCACGGGAACGGGAACAGUAACGGAGGCGGCAGCAGCAGCGGAGGAGCAGGAGGUGGUGGUGGUGGUGGUGGAGGAGGCGGCGGAGGCGGCGGCGGAGGAUACAACUCGAGCCCGAAGAAGAGCGGAGACGGUGCGGUAGCGGCGGACAGCAGCGCGGCUCUCGACUGCAGCGAGCCCAAACACCGCGGGAUGUCCGGGGAGAUCGCCGAGCAGCGGGACUUCAUACCGCUGGAGAGCAAUAAUAUCAUCAUCAAUAAUAACAACCACCAGAACCAGCGAAUUGCUGCGGCGGUGGGCAGGGGCGGAGGCGGCGGCAGCGGGGCCGGGGGAGCGUGGAGCGGGGCGCAGGACACUGCCGCUGUCGCCGCGGCUCAGCGCAACAAGCGCAAGCGAGAGAACAAGGCGAGCACGUUCGGCUUCAACCGCAGCCUGUUACUCAGCAACGGCGCCCCUGGGCCGGUCACCGAGCUGUACAACGGCACGCCGUGGAAACGGAGAAAUUACUCCGGGGGAAUCGUCGGGCUCCAUGAGGAGAUCAAAGACUUCUAUGAGUACAUGUCUCCUCGGCCUGAGGAGGAGAGUAUGAGGCUGGAGGUCGUCGACAGGAUCCAGAGGGUCAUCAAGGAUUUGUGGCCCAGUGCAGACGUCCAAGUGUUCGGCAGUUUCAGCACUGGCCUGUAUUUGCCUACGAGUGAUAUAGACCUGGUAGUGUUCGGAAACUGGGAGACGCUUCCUCUGUGGACACUGGAGGAGGCGCUGCGCAAGAGGAACGUCGCAGACGAGAAUUCGGUCAAAGUGCUGGAUAAAGCGACGGUUCCGAUUAUCAAGCUGACAGACGCUCACACUGAGGUCAAAGUGGACAUCAGUUUUAAUGUGCACAGUGGCGUAAAGGCUGCCAAUCUCAUCAAAGACUUUAAAAAGAAAUUCCCUGUGCUGCCGUAUCUGGUGCUGGUGCUAAAACAGUUCCUGCUGCAGAGGGAGCUGAACGAGGUUUUUACUGGAGGCAUCGGAUCCUACAGCCUGUUUCUUAUGGCUGUCAGCUUCCUACAGCUACACUACAGAGAGGAUGUGUGCAGUCCUAACUCCAACAUGGGCGUCCUGCUGAUCGAGUUCUUCGAACUGUACGGCCGCCAUUUUAACUACCUGAAGACGGGCAUCAGAAUAAAAGAUGGCGGCUCGUACGUGGCCAAAGACGAAGUGCUGAAAGGCAUGCUGGACGGAUACAGGCCAUCUAUGCUGUACAUCGAGGACCCACUGCAGCCGGGCAACGAUGUUGGGAGGAGCUCGUACGGGGCUAUGCAGGUGAAGCAAGCGUUCGACUACGCCUAUGUGGUCCUCAGUCACGCCGUCUCUCCCAUCGCUAAGCACUAUCCCAACAACAAAUCUGAAAGUAUACUGGGUCGAAUAAUCCGCGUCACACGGGAGGUAGCCGAGUACCGCGAUUGGAUCAGCGAGCAAUGGGGCGUAAAGGCACAAAGCGACGCUGCCCUCAACUGCAACGGUAACGAUGUCACUCUCCUGGUUGAGCCUCAGGAGCUCGACGAGUGUAACAACAACUUACCUGAAGAGCCUCCACCAGCGCCACGGAGUAAAGCAUCCUCCAGCUCAUCCUCCCCAACGCCUUCCACACCAUCAUCGCAUUCGUCCUCAUCGUCCUCCCCCUCCUCCACAUCCAGCGACGCCGAUUCAGACGGAACGCCGUGCAAAACGGUUAAACAGCUAACCAGCCGGGGCUCCGGUGCUCACCGGGAUAACAGCGAGAGGAAUCUGGCCAAUCACAGAACUCAGAGUCAUCCCACGACCACACCCACUACAGGGCACAAAGGCAGUAAGAGCCGACAGUUUCGGCCAAGCAAAAGCUCCCCGGCUCAACAGAGCGUCUCGAACAGCAAGAGCCACCAAAGCAGCAAGGCACAUCACCCCGCUACGGGCAAAAGACGGAAAAACCAGCGGGAGGCUGCGCACGAGGACCUGUGCAGAUAGGAGGCGCUCUCAUUCUUCCUGGACAUUCACCUACUCUUACUUCCCUGGCCACGAGGAGGCGCUGCCAGUGUUAUUGGGCCCCCUUACCCAAAUUUGGGAUUUUUAAAGAAGUUAAAAGAAAACUCUCAAAAAAAGAAACACAUCUGGUGUAGAGAUCCGAGGACAAAUCAAUAAGGAGUGUUUUUUUUUUUUUCUUUUUUCUUUUUUCUUCUUCUACCUUCAAUUUCAAUCUUCCUAUUUUUCUUUUUUUUCGUCCCCACUGGCUUCUUUACUGCUUGUGCUCGGUGUGGUGGAGUUUUUAGGCCUCCUGUCCACCUCUCUACCACAGAGACCCUCCUCUUAUUGGUGUGGAGGACCAAAGGGAGAAAAAAAACAGAGGGACAGAGACUCAAAGGAGCAAUAUCUUAAAGCCCUGGACUUUAGUGGCAAAAUAAAAAUGUUAAAAAGACUGAAACUUGAAAACAAACAAAAAAUAUACAAUAAUAACAUAAGCGCCAAUUUUUAAAAAUCAGAAAAAAAAUACAAUCAUUGAAAUUGAGGACAGGAAUUAUGCAUGAAGGUUUUUUCUUUUCAUUUUUUCUUUUUUUUUUUGAAGAGUUAAAUCCUUUGUCAUGUGCUAAUUAGAUGGAUUUGUACAAAAAAAAAAAAAAAAAAAAAAAAUUCUAAAAAUGCCUCUAAGUCCUAAGGAAAAUUUCAUAAAAGUUUUUACAGGAUCAUAACUUCUUUUUUUUUUUGGUUUUGUAAAGAGGUCUGCAAACGACUUCAUAGAGCCAAACUGGGAUUUAAUUUCAUUUAAUCAUCAGCAUCUGAAUUGUGUGUGUGCGUGCGUGCGUGCGUCCGUGCGUGCGUGUGUGUGUGUUUGCAUGUGUCUGAAUACGGUGUCUGAUUUAUGUUUGAGUGUCUGUUAUUAGAGGUUCAUGAGGUGUGUAUGUAAGAUGUGGGAAACAGAUUGGGUAUGUGUGUCUGUUGCAUGACGACACACUCGCACUCAUUCAUAGGUAAUUGACCCGUCGGUGUCCAGAAUCAAUUGUGUCUCAGCUGUGUUAAAUGAAAAUAUUUUUUAAAUCACUACCCAGUUAUUUUAUUUUAUUUUUUUUUCUCUUUAAGAUAUCAAACCCCAGAUUAUUUGACUUGUAUGGAUAUUUAUUUUUCUUGAAAGACUUGAAGUAUAGAAAUAUUAUAUAUAUAUAGUUAUGUGAUAUAGGUAUCUGUAUGGGCAGAUGAGGAUGAUCUGAUUGUCGCUUGUAUGAUAUUGUGGCUAAGUCACUGUUCAGUUUAUUUUCCUUUCAAAGAAUUGGACGCUUCAGUGACCAAUUUGUUGUCUAAUCCCUGAGAGACCAUUUUAAACAAAUUCUUUUAACCUGUGGCUGGUCUACUUCCCUUAAAAUAUGACUCUUGAUUUUUUUUUUUUUUCUUUCAGAUUUUAUUUUAUUUUUAUUUUUGUUGUGUUCUCCUAAUUGUCAUGUCACUGCAGUAAUACAACAGUUGACCACUAGAUGGUGGUGGGACCCAAUUUCUUUCUCUCUCGCGCUCUCUCUCUCUCACACGCACACACACACACACUGCAAAGUUUUCAAAUGAUCCUGUUGUCAGAUUUGCCCAUAAAUAUCUGUUUUUAAGUCUUGAGGGUAGGUCAAUGUGAUCACCUGUAUGGAAAUUGAUGUGGGGGAAAUGAAAUUGAUGAGGGGAAAUGAGAAAGAUUGCUUGAAAGGUCUUUAGUGCCAUUAAGAAUAUCCGGUGGUUUCAGACAAACUGUAUUCAUGAUAACUCAUGCAAUAAACCGCAGCACAAUUAAACAAACAAACAAAGAAAAACAAACAAA